AUGUCUACCGCCGCAACUCUUCAAUCAACUCCCAUCAACAGCAAGCCUAUCGCUGCUACCAUCAAAACCACCACACACUCUCGCCCGCUCUUUGCCGCUCCCUCGCGCAAAACAAUGUCCGUCACCCAGACCUACUACCUGGCACACAAGGCCCGCGCCAAGCUCUCGCGCGAGGCUGCCCAGUCCGAUCACGACCUGCGUCUGCUUGUCGGUCAUGCCAACCUCCUCGACUCCCUCAUGGCUGAGCUCGCCGAGGCGGAGCGCGAGCAGGAGCGCUGGUUCAACCAGUCUGUCCGCAACACCACCACCACCACCAAGUCUUCUGAUAAGCGCCACAUUCAGUGGGCGGACCGCAUCGUCGAAGAGGCCGUCGAGGAGGACGAGUACGAGGCGGCUUCGUCCGACUCGGACUCUGAUUCCGACUUUGAGUAUGACGAGGAGGAUACCAAGAUGACAACGGUUCCGACAGUCACUGUCGAGCAGGUCGACGCCGAAGAGGACGACGAUGAGGAGGAUUAUGCACAGCUCGAGCUCGUCCGCACGCCCUCGCACAGCAACUCCCCGCCUGAACUGUUCCUCGACCAUCAAGACUCGGACUCAUCCGACGACGAGUCCAUGCCACCCUCGCCCACCGAGGCACAUCUGCCUGAAGCCGCCCACGCCAAGCAGCAAGAAGAAGAAGAAGAAGAAGAAGAGUACUACAGCCGCCGCACAGCAGCCGGCCUGGUAUCCGCCAUCAUGGUGUACUAG